AUGGAAACUGAAUUCUGUGAGGACAAAGUUCAAAAGAAAGAGAAUGUGAUAUUACAUAAAUGUGAUAUUUGUAAAAAGUCAUUCUCUCAGAAAAGCAACCUAACUACUCACAAACGCAUACAUUCAGGGGAGAGACCAUAUCAAUGUGAUAUCUGUGCCUGUGAUAUCUGUGGUAAAUUGUUCUCUCAAAAUGGUAGUUUAACUGCACACAGACGUAUUCAUACAGGAGAAAAACCAUUUCAUUGUGAUAUCUGUGGUAAAGCAUUCUCUCAAAGUAGCAGCUUAACUGCACACAGACGUAUUCAUACAGGAGAAAAACCAUAUAAUUGUGAUAUCUGUGGUAAAUCAUUCUCUCAAAAUGAGAGUUUAACCACUCACAAUCGUAUUCAUAUGGGAGAGAAGCCAUAUCAGUGUGAUAUCUGUGGUAAAUCAUUUUCACGUUGUACAACCCUAACUAUACACAAACGCCUUCAUACUGGAGAAAAACCAUAUCACUGUGAUAUCUGUGGUAAAUCAUUCUCUGAAAAUGGUCACCUAAGUAAUCACAAACGUAUUCAUACAGGGGAAAAGCCAUAUCACUGUGAUAUCUGUGGUAAAUCUUUCUCUCAGAAUGGUGACUUAACUAAACAUGUACGUAUUCAUACUGGAGAGAAACCAUAUCACUGUGAUAUCUGUGGUAAAUCAUUCUCUAAAAAUGAUAACCUAACUUCUCAUAAACGUAUUCAUACUGGGGAAAAACCAUAUCACUGUGAUAUCUGUGGUAAAUCAUUCUCUGGAAAUAGUACCUUGAUUACUCACAAACGCAUUCAUACAGGAGAGAAACCAUAUCACUGUGAUAUCUGUGGUAAAUCAUUCUUUGGAAGUGGUAACUUAACUAAACAUAAACGUAUUCACACAGGAGAGAAACCAUAUCAGUGUGAUAUUUGUGGUGAAUCAUUCUCUCAUGGGAAUAGUUUAAUUGCACACAAAUACAUUCAUACCGGAGAGAAGCCACAUCACUGUGAUAUUUGUGGUAAAUCUUUCUCUCAAAGUAGCCACUUAAAAACUCACAAAUACAUUCAUACUGGAGAGAAGCCAUAUCUCUGUGAUAUCUGUGGUAAAUCUUUUUCAAGAAGUGCUGGAUUAACUUCUCAUGUACGUAUUCAUACAGGAGAGAAGCCAUAUCACUGUGAGAUAUGUGGUAAGUCAUUCUCUAAUGGAAGUGGAGAGUUAACUAAACACAAACGUAUUCAUACAGGAGAGAGGCCAUAUCACUGUGAUAUCUGUGGCAAAUCAUUCUCUCAAUCAAGUCACUUAACUACUCACAAAUAUAUUCACACAGGAGAGAGGCCUUAUCAUUGUGAUGUCUGUGAUAAAUCUUUCUCUGGAAGUAGUUACUUGACUCCACACAAACGUAUUCAUACAGGAGAGAAGCCAUAUCACUGUGAUAUUUGUGGUAAAUCAUUCUCUCAAAGUUGUGAAUUAACUCUUCACAAAUAUAUUCAUACAGGUGAAAAGCCAUUCCAGUGUGAUAUCUGUAAUAAAUCAUUCUCACUAAGGACAUCUUUAAAAUCACAUAAUCGUAUUCAUACAGGAGAGAGGCCAUAUCACUGUGACAUCUGUGGUAAAUCAUUCUGUGGAAGUGGGGACUUAACUAAACAUAUACGUAUUCAUACAGGAGAGAGGCCAUAUCACUGUGAUAUCUGUGAUGAAUCUUUCACUCAUGGGAAUAGUUUAAUUGCACACAAAUACAUUCAUACUGGGGUGAAGCCAUAUCAUUGUGAUAUUUGUGGUAAAUCAUUCUCUCGAAGUAACCACUUAAAAACUCACAAAUAUACUCAUACAGGAGAGAAGCCAUAUCGCUGUGAUAUUUGUGGUAAAUCUUUUUCAGGAAGUGCUGGAUUAAUUUCUCACAAACGUAUUCAUACAGGAGAGAAGCCAUAUCAGUGUGAUAUCUGUGGCAAAUCAUUCUCUGAUGGAAUUGGUGCUGUAACUAAACACAAACGUAUUCAUACAGGAGAGAGGCCAUAUCACUGUGAUAUCUGUGGUAAAUCAUUCAUCCAAAAAUCUCACUUAACUAAACAUGUAUGUAUUCAAUGAUAGUAUGAAUAUGGCAGUCAGAGCUACUUCAUUUUAUGCUUCAUCACACGAAUUCACAUAAAAAAUCUUGCAAACCACAUGCAAAGUGAAAUUUAUUAGUUAAUAUUGCUCUAUUUGCCACAACUAUUAAAAUUAUAUUUAAAACAAGUAUCUGAGCUAAACAUAAAUAUAUACACACUGGAAAGAAGAUAACAACUUGGCAACACUAUAUUUUUGUAUAACUACAUCUCUGUUUUGGUGAGGUAACUUACUACUGUCAUAUUAUUAAUAAAAGUAUUUUAAAAAAUA